GUGUUAUCUUUCAUUUCAGUACAACACUGUUUUUGGCCUUAAAUUUGUAAAAAAGCUGAAUAUAGGUUAAAAGUCUUGAACGAUAGGAAUAAACACACACACAUUUUUGCACAAAAGUCUAUAAUGGAUAGAUAUUUAUUUAUCAUUUCAGGCUGGUUAGCUUUUGCAGCACCACGGUUGUGCCUGUGUAACUCUUCGGACAGUACCUGUUCCAAACGGCUCGAUGAACUUGAAAAGAAGAUUGACUCGUACUCAACGCUGCAGGAAGAAGUGAUAACGCUAAAGGAACAUGUAAAGAAGCUAGAAAAGAGACAUUUGAAAGAACACUCAAGGAUAGCAAGUGAUGUUUUAUCACUGGGCCCUGGUAAGCGGUAUUUGGAACCCACAACAACGGUUGCGUUUUCGGCAUUUGUUGACAACAAUCCCAGCGCUAUUGGACUUGAACAGCCAGUGCCAUUUAACCGUAUCUUGACAAACGUAGGGGGUGGCUAUAACCAACAUACCCAUGCAUUUACAUGUCCGGUGACUGGUCUUUAUAUGUUCACAUUCACGAUUUCUCAUUUCUACGUCACAGAAUUUAUCGCAAAGUUAGUUGUUGACAAUCAAAAUAUAGUUGAUGCCAUUUCUCAACCAUCUAUACCCUUGGAGGAAAUACAGGGGAUGAACACAGCAAUUAUCCAAGUAAAUAAAGGACAAAGUGUAUGGGUUGCGGUAUACUAUCAUAGCGGUAUAACCAUUCGCUCGGACAACACAUACCGUUUCGCAACAUUCUCUGGAUUUCUGAUACAAGCCUAAAAAAGUCUAAUCUAAUAUUUAUG